UCCUCCUGCAGCAGCCCGGUGGAGAGGUAGAAGUCCUCCAGGACGGCCUGGACCCGGACCAGAGUCUGCAGCAGGACGCCCAGCAGCAUGGAGCCGAUAGCGGCGUGGAGCGAGGACCGAGUGGAGCAGUGGCUCCGAGGACUGGACGCCCCCCUGCACCAGUACCAGGUCUCAGACUGGAACCUGUCCGGAGUGGAUCUGCUCCAGCUGAACCACCACGACCUGGAGAGGCUGGGGGUGAAGAAGAUCGGCCACCAGGAGCUGGUCCUGGAGGCCGUGGAGAAGCUCUGCUGCCUGACCUACGGUAUGGGUGGGGAGAGCCUGCGUGGCCUGACGGAGAAGCUGCGUGCCGUGGCCCACACCCUCCAGAUGGGCAUCCAGGGCCGCUGGCGCCGCAACAGCUACGACGGGCGGAGCGCCACCAAGCUGCCGGCCGGCAUCCUGCAGGUGGUGGUGGAGCUCAUCACCUCCGCCAAGGGACUCUUCUCUCUGCUCAACAGGUAUCAGUUCAGCCAGCUCAGCGGCUUCACGUCCACCAGGAACAUCUUCAGCUACUGCAGAGAGCUGGGAGACAUCGUCCACAAGAACAACAGCGUCUAUGAGAAGGAGAAGGACAUCAUCUCUGUGUGCCGUCAGCUGGUGUCGGUGUGUGACGAGGUGCUGAGCUGCAGCUCCGAGGCCGUUCUGACUCACUCGGCUCAGCUGGAGAGUGUGGACCUGGUUCCUGUAGCUCCUGGAGAUCAGCUGGGCAUCGAGAUCACCUCCACCUGCUCCAGCAACCACUUCGUCACUGGAACGGCAGCUGAGUCUUCGACUGACGCCUACCUGAGGAUCCUGGCCGGAGACGAAGUGAUUCAAGUCAACGACCAGAUAGUGGUGGGCUGGAGCAGAGCCAACCUGGUGAAGAAGCUGCAGGAGAAUCCCAACGGGGUCACUCUGGUCCUCAAGAAGAUCCCCGGGUCGGUGAGACGCCGACAGCUGCUCUCCUCCUCACAGAAGGAGGAAGAGGAGAAAGAAGAGGAGAGGUCAGAGGAGGAAGAGGAGGACGAGGAGGAGAAUCCCAGACACUCCAUAUUUGAGAGGGUCGCGGCUUCUGUCAGGUCGCUGUCCUUCAGGAGGGCGGUCCAGGGGCCCGAGGGGACCCAGCAGCCUUUGGGCCAGGAGGAGUCAGAGUUAACUUCAGACAAAGAACCUGACGGGACUCUAACCCUCAACUCAUACCAGAACCAGCUGUCACCAGCAUCAGCCUCAGGGGAGUUCCAGAGUUUGGACGGUUCCAGACUCUCCCCGAGACUCAGACGGGACCGAUCUCCUUCCCCCAGGAGUCCGUCUCCCUUCAGGUCCACCAGGAGUCCGUCUCCCUUCAGGUCCUUCAGGAGUCCUUCUCCUCGGGGAGACAACCAGGAGACGGCCAGCAUCACUUCCUGUCCUGAGAUGGUCGGACACACGGGGAACAAGGAACCAAAGAAGAGUUCUACUAAAGGAAUGACGACGGCGAUGAGUCGGCGGCGUGUUUCCUGCCGGGAGCUGGGCCGGCCCGACUGUGACGGCUGGCUGUGGAAGAAGAGGAAGGAGAGCAGCGUCUUCAUCGCCCAGAAGUGGCAACGCUUCUGGUUCGUCCUCAAGGGGCCGUCCCUCUACUGGUACACCAGCCAGCAGGAUGAGAAGGCCGAGGGCUUCGUUAAUAUCUCCAGCUUCAGCAUAGAGAGCGCUGGAGAGCACAAGAGGAAAUACGUGUUCCAGAUGUGCCAUCAGAGGUUUCAGAACUUCUUCUUUGCAGCCGACAACGUCACCGACAUGAGCAAAUGGAUCAACUGUCUGAUCACAGCCAUACAGAAGCACAAGAAGUUCCAGGCCGGCCCAGACAAUGAAGAAGAAUGUUACAGUGAGACGGAAUCAGAGAGCGAGAGAUCUCCGUCACCACGCAGGAGGAACAAGAAGGUCCAGUCCCACACCCUGCCUCGGCCCAGAGGGAAGUCCAAGGUGCCCCUACUGAGUCCAGGACCAACAGGGGGCAGCAAAGGAUCAGGAGGAGCGGUGGAUGAGAUGGGGAUGAUGUUGAACAACAUAAAGGAAGGAGGAGUUUCUCUGAUCGGGAAAGAGCAGCCGUUCACUCACGACCACUUCAGGAAAUCCUUCAUCCGCCGCAACAAGAACCCCGUCAUCAACGAGAAGGCUCACACGCUGCGCGCGCUGCAGAGCACGCUGAAGGCCAAAGAGGUGGAGCUGCUGCAGAUCAACAAGCUGCUGGAGGAGUCGGAGGUGUCAGCUGUAAAGUACCGCCAGUGGAAGGAGCAGAACGAGGAGCUGGUGCAGGAGAUCGACAGGCUGGCGUCCCUCAAGGCCUCCGCGGCGCCGGGCGACACGGCAGAGAAGGACACGCCCACCCAGGAGGUCGCCUUGGAAACGGUUGCCAAGGAAACAACCGUCUCGGAGGCUGAGGGAGCCUACAGACUGAGCCUCAGCGACGGGGAGCAGCUAGUGGACGCUGAGCCGUCUGAUGUUCUCCUGGAGAUCCCUCAGGGUUCUCCACAGGGUUCUCCUCAGGGUUCUCCUCAGGGUUCUCCUCAGGGUUCUCCAGGCUCCAGUCCAAUGCUAGAACUCUCUCUGGGAUCGCUGCAGGAUUCAAUAAACGAACAGCUGAGUGAGAUGGUGGAGAGUGGAGAGGCGUCUGAGAACUACUUCUACAUCUAACUGUCUACUAGAACCAGGAGAACAGAUCAAACUCUGUCUACUAGAACCGGGAGAACAGAUCUAACUCUGUCUACUAGAACCAGGAGAACAGAUCAAACUCUGUCUACUAGAACCAGGAGAACAGAUCUAACUCUGUUUACUAGAACCAGGAGAACAGAUCUAACUCUGUUUACUAGAACCAGGAGAACAGAUCUAACUCUGUUUAGUAGAACCAGGAGAACAGAUCUAACUCUGUUCACUAGAACCAGGAGAACAGAUCUAACUCUGUUUACUAGAACCAGGAGAACAGAUCUAACUCUGUCUACUAGAACCAGGAGAACAGAUCUAACAGAUCAUCACGUCCUCUGAAGACUUUCAGCUUCGUCCAAAUUCACAUUUGAUCUGCACUUUAAUCAAGUACGUCAGAUUAACACCUCGAGUUCCUCACAACAAACAAAUAUGACGCGUUUACGACAGAGAAAAGAACAAUUUCAAGCCAAGUCUGAGUUCAGUUUGUAUUUAUGGGCUUCGUUCUUCUAAUGAGAGAAACUUUUCUUAGAGUUUGUAAUAUAAUAAGUCAUGCCUCUUGUAAUGUGAUUUUACUAUAAAUACUGUAUGUAUUUGUUUAUUAAAAUUACCUUAAUAAAAAGGUAUACAUUUUAAAUAUUUUGCACAGAGAAUUUGCUUCAGAAACAUGUUGAUUAUUGAUUUCAUAACCUUCUGGCCCUGUGGAGAACACUGAUCAUAAAUCAGAUCUUUAUGGCUCCUUAGUGAGAAUCCUCCAGUUCUCUGAUGUCUGUUCACUGUAAUAUUGAUUGGCUUAAUAAAAAGGGAGCGUUAUGAUCACUGGAUGUGUUGUGAAGUUCCUGUAGUGGUUCCAUUCAGGAGAUGUUCAGGGGGAGAUAGAAGGUCAACACUAGAAGUCAUGUUAGAACUGGGAACCUGGAGUAUAAUGCUGGUCUUCCACCAACAGAUGUCCCAGUCAGUCCCAGACUAGAAGCUGGAAGUCCUUAUAAAUCUAGAGUUUUACUGGAUCAUCUCCAUCAUUCAGUUUAAGGUCGUAAUCUGUUUCAUAUCAGUCUUUUACUAGUCUUGGGUUGGAUCAUAUCAAACAAAAUAAGUCAUAAAUAACCCAUGAUUAAUGUACGAUUAACUAAAUGAAAGUUGAUAGAGCUGAUAUAUAUAAUUAUUAUAAUUAAAUAGGACAUGAAUGUAUGUGAUGAAUUCAUUUCUAAAUGUUCCUUUCCUUUAUUCUUUCUUAUAUCUAUUUUUACUGUAAAAUAGUCAACUUUCAUGUGAUAAAAACAGAAACCCUUUUUCCAGCU